CCCCCGGCGGCCGCUCCGGCUGGGGCUCGCCGGCCGGAGAGUUUCGCACCCGGCUGGGAGAUGCCGCGCGGGCUCCUUCUCCUCGCAGAUUUGCAGCCAACAUAAUGCUGAAGCUCCCAACUUGGAACAAGGAUUUCACAGAAUGGCACAGACAGAACCUAACCUGGACCAUGACAUAUCAUGGUUCCUCCUUCCAUCAUGCUGGGCUAAGACUGUUGUGGCAUUAAUAUCCUUCCUCUGCUUUGCUAACAGCUAUGAUGGAGAUUUUGUCUUUGAUGAUUCUGAAGCCAUCAUCAAUAAUAAGGACCUCAGGGCAGAAACCCCACUUGGUGACCUGUGGCAUCAUGAUUUUUGGGGUAGCAAACUCAGCAGCAAUACCAGUCAUAAGUCGUAUCGACCACUUACUGUCCUAACUUUCAGAAUUAAUUAUCUUUUUGCUGGAGGCUUCUACCCAGUUGGUUUCCAUGUCAUCAAUAUCAUACUGCAUUGUACUAUCUCAGUGUUGAUGGUUGAUGUGUUCUCAAUAUUAUUGGGUGGAUUGCAAUUCACUAAUAAAGGAAGAAGACUAAACCUGGCUCCAAAGACAUCUCUUCUAGCUGCUUUGCUGUUUGCUGUACAUCCAGUGCACACUGAAUGUGUUGCAGGGAUUGUUGGCAGAGCAGAUCUACUAUGUGCCCUGUUCUUUUUGUUGUCAUUCCUUGGCUACUGUAAAGCGUUUAGAGAAAAUAAGGAAGGACAUAAUUUUUCUGUAUUCUGGGUGCUGGUGAGUGUUCUCCUAGGUGCAAUAGCCAUGCUGUGCAAAGAGCAAGGAAUUACAAUACUGGGUUUGAAUGCAGUGUUUGAUGCACUGGUGAUUAACAAGUUAAAUAUUUUGGAGUUCAUUCAAAAAUUACUACGUAAGGACAAGUUAAUGGAGAGUGCUGGUCUGCUAAGAAAGGGGCUGCUUUUCAGAAUAACUCUUCUGAUGUCUGGAGGGGCUGGUAUACUUUAUAUACGCUGGAGGAUUAUGGGCACAGGGCCACCAGCUUUUACUGAAGUAGACAAUCCAGCUUCAUUUGCAGAUAGUUUGUUUGUGAGAGCUAUAAACUAUAAUUACUACUAUUCGCUGAAUGCAUGGUUGCUGUUGUGUCCCUGGUGGCUGUGCUUUGAUUGGUCAAUGGGUUGCAUACCCCUCAUUAAAUCCGUCAGUGACUGGAGGAUAAUUGCACUAGCAGCACUUUGGUUCUGCCUAAUUGGCCUGAUAUGCCAAGCUCUGUACUCAGAAGACAGCUAUAAGAGAAGAAUUCUUACACUGGGACUUGGAUUUCUUAUUAUCCCUUUUCUUCCUGCAAGCAACCUGUUCUUCCGUGUAGGAUUUGUUGUUGCAGAGAGAGUCAUCUACCUCCCCAGUAUUGGCUAUUGCAUUCUGUUUACAUAUGGAUUUAGUCUCUUGAGUAAGCAAGCCAAGAAAAAGAAAAUUCUUGCUGUGGCAGUACUUGGAAUCUUACUGAUGAACAUUAUGCGCUGUGCACUCCGCAGCAGUCAGUGGAGGUCAGAAGAACAGCUUUUUAGGAGUGCACUGUCUGUAUGCCCUCUCAAUGCAAAAGUACACUACAACGUUGGCAAAAACCUGGCUGACAAAGGAAAUCAAAGUGCUGCAAUCAAAUACUACAGAGAAGCUGUAAGGCUGAACCCUAAAUACGUACAUGCCAUGAACAACCUUGGAAAUAUUCUGAAGGAAAGAAAUGAACUCCAAGAAGCAGAAGAGUUGCUGUCCUUAGCUGUACAAAUACAACCUGAUUUUGCUGCUGCAUGGAUGAAUCUGGGAAUAGUACAGAACAGCUUAAGAAGGUUUGAAGAGGCAGAGCAAAGCUACUGGACAGCAAUUAAACACAGAAAAAAGUACCCAGAUUGUUACUACAAUUUAGGGCGGUUGUAUGCGGAUUUGAAUCGCCAUGUAGAUGCAUUGAAUGCUUGGAGGAAUGCUACAGUUCUGAAACCAGAGCAUAGUUUGGCUUGGAACAAUAUGAUUAUAUUGCUUGAUAACACAGGCAAUCUAGCUCAAGCAGAGGCAGUUGGAAGAGAGGCCCUGGAGUUAAUACCUAAUGAUCAUUCCCUUAUGUUUUCUCUGGCAAAUGUACUGGGGAAAUCACAGAAAUAUAAGGAAUCUGAAGCUUUGUUCCUCAAGGCAAUUAAAGCCAAUCCAAAUGCUGCCAGUUAUCAUGGUAAUUUAGCUGUGCUUUAUCAUCGCUGGGGAAAUCUUGACUUAGCAAAGAAGCACUAUGAAGUCUCUCUGAAGCUUGAUCCUAUGGCACCUGGGACCAAGGAAAACUACAAUCUCUUAAGAAGAAAACUGGAGCAAUUGCAAAGGAAAGGCGGUGCCUGAUAUUUCUUUUCAGGUUGUCCAUGCAUGCCCUUUACUAUUAGUGUUACGUGGUUACUCCUGACCAUGUAAAGGAUUCAGUCAUCGUUUCUCAAAAAGAACAACACCAGCAGUGCACACUUGGAUGUCCAGUUAUGCCCUCCUGCAGAUUCUAACAUUUCAGCUGGAGUUUGGAGAUCUUUUUAUUUUACUCUUGAACUGCAUUUUGAAGUUCCUUAGAACACUUUUGUAGGUAUACGAAGGCAAUGCAGAUGGAAUUUCACAGCUGUGAAAAAAAUAGCAAUAUUUGCUUUCACUUGCAAUUUGAUAUCUUCAUCUGACUUUUUUAGUAGCAGGAUGAAUAUCAGAAGGCAGAUUUAUUUCUGAAAGCGUUUCUGGAAAAAGUGCAAUUUCCUGCUUAAAUACUGAUCAUUUCUAGUAUGAAGAAUAUCUGUCCACUUCAGUUUUAUUACUGCUUUCUACUGCUAGUCCUACAGAGCCAGUAGAAGAAUGGAUUCUAUCUGGCAGUCUAAUCUUGUAAUUUGAGUUAUGCCUUGUUUCUUGUUUCUGGCUCCACCCUUUGAACUGCAGGAUUUGUACAGGUGAAAAUGUGCACCAUAAAAGGUUUGUGAGCCACCAAGCUGCUGAGAUACGCUCAAGUGGAGGAAAUACUCCUGGAUUUAAGACAAGAUUUUAGCAAGCAGCAAAUGGAAAAGAAAGAAGUGUCAGAUGUCAGAGGAGCAAGCUAGAGUUUCUGUUCUUCAGGUAACCUCAUCUAGUGUAGACAGGUUGGGCCACAAGUCAGAAUUCCUUUAGCUCUUGCAGCAAGUCAGUGGUCUAAAUACAGUAUCGCAUCCACGGGAGCUGAUUCUCGUUGUCUGAGGCACUGCAGUGCUUUUUGAUUGAGGACGUAACACCUUCUAGCUCCUACAUUGUUGGUAAGAAAGAGAAUUUCUGUGGGCAGACAAUCUGACCUUGACUGAUAAGGUAUUAAGUGGAAGGAACUGUGAUAAACCUUUGUCUAACCGUGGCUGCUGAGUUUGCUGAAAUCAGUUAAGUAAGCGUAGCUGUUAAUGUGUAAACUGAUCACGUUGAUGCGGGGUGAUUCAGAGAGGGGCACCAAUUGAUACAGUGUCAUUUUUCAACUUGCUGUGAUGUGUUUAAACUCUGGCUGUCCAGAGUUGUAUUUUCUUUUGCUAGUAUUUAUAUUCCUGCUUCAGGGAAUGAUCUCAUGUCUAUUUUCUUAUUUGUUUGCUUGUUUUUUCAGAUUGGAUGACUUCUAUUGGAUGUGAAAACUGAGGAACUUAGGCUCUUUUUUGUAUUUUGUUAUUCUUUCUUUUUAUCCCUGUAGGAAGACAUUGAUUAAUGUAGUAUUUGCAGCUUUCCUAAUUAGUGCAAUGGUUAUUCAACCACACACAACUCAUCUGCAAGUGUGUGGAACCAUUUAAAAUGUUGGGGAAAUGCCUGCCACAGGACAGGCUGUCGCAUGAACUUGUCAUCUGACUACCAUGUAAACAUUCUACAUCUAGACUGUGUCUUGAACCUGCAGUAGGCUAACUUUUGAAAAUGACAGUUGAUUCAAGAACCAGUGUGUCUGCAGAGCUCACUAAGCAUCCUCCAACAAAGUUAGUCUGGGCACCAUAAGUAGUGCAGCUGCUUCAGUGUAAUAUUCUUUCCUGAGUAACUACAAAUCUAGCCAGCAAGGCUGUGGCAGUGAUACUGCACAAAUUUGGCUUUGAAUGAAUUAAUAUGCCUGCAUUGCACAUGCACAAAUCUUAUAUUUGCCACGCUGAUUUUAGCUGAAGUACCAGAGGCAUGCAUUUGUAUUAAUGCAGUGCUCCUCUCCUGCUACCAUACUCUGUUUCUCAGCAAGACUAAUUUAUUCAUGUAGGAUACCAACUUUGGUGCAUUGUUUUCAUUUCUUCUGGUUUUGCACCAGUAUGGCUUCCCAUCUUCUGACAACCAGUAUAGUUCAGUCUUUACAGUUGAGCUUUCAUAUCUGAAAUGUGCUGAAAUAGAUAAACCCUUCAGUACAGACUUCUAAGGCUUUCCAUGCAGCUUAGCAUGCGUUGGAUAUAGAGACUUCAGUCAUAAGGUAUUAAAGGGUUGGGAUCUGGCUAGAUCCCAAAACUAGCAGAAAAUAGAUGUUUAAUAUAAUCAAGUCUUUUCUGUAUAUUUGGAAUAUGACAUUGAGUUUAAAUUAUUAUUCUCAUCAUGAAGUUCAUAUGUAUAGUUGUCCCUGUUGCCUACUGGGUUAGCUUUACAGAAAUCCGGUAGAUCGAUAUUAUAUAUGGGGUCUGAAUUCUCUGUGGCUCAUUACAAACCAAAGUUGUUGCAGAAAUUCCUGUGUAGAAAUCACUUUGUUCUACUCGAGUCCUAUAUGGAAGAGGCAUGCUAACAAAUUGAACACUUUGUUGGCACUUGAAAAUGGUGUUUACUCUUCAAUACAGACAGUGUGAUUUAUUCUUGAUUAGUUUUCUGGGAACCUAUUGUAUUAUUAUGUGUGGGACUAUUUGUUUUAUAUCAUUUUUUUUAGUGCUGUAUAAGUUCAUUGUGAUUACUUGUAUGAGAGUAGUAACGAUACUCUUAUGAGUGAGCAUAAUGUUGAAGCAUACUUUGGGUUUGAAAGAAGCAAACUGUUUUUGUUGUUGUUGUUUUAUUUUCAGAAUUAUUUUGAGAGAGAAACAGUUAUAAUGUUAGCUUUCUUCUUAUUUUCUCAUACCUCAUAACAGGCUCCUGGAAUGGUGCAGAACACAUACUAUGGAAGAGAGAAAGGUUUAGAAAAAAGUGGGUUUGAAUGUAGCUGUUGUUACAGUCUGUAUUUCCAGCAUGCUGGAUUUUUUUCUCCAUGUUGCCUUUCCACCAUUGACAAUUAUGGAAGACUAAUGUUUCCUUCGUAUCAGCUGACAUUAAAUCAAGAAACAUGGAUAUUCUUAGUUUUUCCAAAGCUUGCUUGUUCAAAUACAGUUCUGAAGACAUACUCAAUGAUUCAAUGCACAAAUGGCUACUACGCAUUACAGCCUAUUUUCACCAAAAACUUCCAAGAGAAUUCCAUAAUUUUGUUUCUCUUGUGUUUAGUACAAUGUCGUGUACAUGAAGUUUCCUCUUAUUUAAUUCAUACUUAGGUUUUAGAGAUUUGGGUUGUGUGUGUAUGAGCACUCAGAAAUAAAAAUCUUCAAUACUUCUGAAUGGUUUGCUACAAAUAUUGGGCUCUGUUAAUUGCAAUUUCCACCACGUUUUAGACAUCUGUAUCUGAGCUGUUCAUUCUAGUUUUUCUGUAAUAGGAAUAAAACAGGUAAUAUGAAAUAUGGUUCAUCUCUUAAAGAAAAGGAUGUGAGGCAUCGUGUAUUUGAAACAGAUAUUCCUCACUACCUUCAAAGGGUUACUAAGAUUAUCUGCUCAUAUAUAUUAAGAAAACCUCUGCCUCUUUCGGGUGGAUUAAUCUGGUCUUCUCUUCCACCAUCCUUUGCACAAAGAAUAUUAAAAGACUGGCUUUGGGGCAAACUGGCAGGUAUUUGCCUUGAGAGUCAGUUAUAGCGACUGGAUGAGGGAAUGGGAUAAUACAAAUUAGAAGAGUUUUGGUCUCUGCAGACAGUUAAACUUAAGAGAUAGAUAAAGCAUCUGAAUGACAAAUCUCUCUCUACGCAGUGCAUUGGGGUUCAGUUCUAUCUAUGGUUAGCUUGUCUGUGAUCACAAUAAAUGAUAACAACUUACUGUUAAAUUGACUUCUUGUCGUUGUUCACUGUUUUAUAAGCAAUUUAAAGCAACUGUAAAUUUACAAAAAUGAGAUUUCCUUAAAUUGAAGUUGCUAUUUCAAGCUGCAACUGUUAGAAUGUCAAAUGUGAUAGUGUAGCCCGUGUAUGUUUGGGGUUUUUUUACAUUAAAUAUGUUAAAAUUUU